AUGAGUGACCAAGAUAUCGCCAAGUUGAAACUUCUCGCAGACAUUCAAAUUAAGCUGAGAAAGCUGUCACCAACCGACCUGCGCCGGCUAAUCAUGCAGCUGGCCGUAGACAGCAAUGGUUUGUCACCGGGGCAGAUUAUCCAAAAUAUUUCUGGCAAACUUAUCGAAGAAGCCUCCAUCACCGACCCAGAGUACAGGGCCACUCCGGACAAUGGCCACUGGGCAUGCAGGCGGUGCCGCAAAGAGUUGGUGAUUGGCAUGAGCUUUACCUGUCCCGCACAUCCUGGCUCGAUCGAGAGAGUUUCUUCCAGAAAGCAGGAUCUGGACAACGGCCGCGUAGUCCGGGAAGUGACAGAGUACCGGUACCAGUGGUCCUGCUGCAAGGAAAGAGAGGGCAGGACCACUGGCUGCAAGUCCGCAAUUCACAACUUUCAGUACAUCAUCCACAAGUCCUGA